AUGACGCUCAUUGAUAUGGCAAUGACGAUGCUGGAAGAAUACAAGACACAGGAACAAUUUUGGUCAGAAACCAUACCAAUAUUUGAGAAGGGUUAUGAGAAAGAUCCAGCAGUUGUAGCGAGGGAGGCUAUUCAGGAAGCAACCUGGAACAAGUCAGAUGUUGUUCUGGUUGACAUUGCUGGACGUAUGCAGGACAACGAGCCACUCAUGAGGGCACUUUCCAAGCUAAUCAAUCUCAAUAGCCCAGACCUGGUUUUAUUUGUUGGAGAAGCAUUGGUUGGAAAUGAUGCUGUGGACCAGCUCACUAAAUUUAACCAGAAAUUAGCAGACCUAUCUGCUGUUCCUACUGCUAGAUUGAUUGAUGGUAUCCUUCUCACCAAGUUUGACACCAUCGACGACAAGGUUGGAGCAGCGCUUUCCAUGGUUUACAUAUCUGGAGCUCCAGUCAUGUUCGUUGGCUGUGGUCAGUCCUACACGGACCUGAAGAAGCUGAACGUGAAAUCCAUCGUGAAGACCCUCCUGAAGUGAAGUGAGUGAAUUGUGUUGAGCUUUACUGCCCGAAGUCUGUUAUCUUUGUAUCCCCAGUGACCUU